ACCUCAAAAAUUCAUAAUUUUUGAGGAGCCAACCAUGUUUCCACAAAAAGUAAUUUAUUUACAUGAUAACUGAAGAGGGGAAAGGGAGGAGAAAUAUAUCAUUGCCUACUUCAUUUGUUUACUACUACCAGAAAUUAGGUGGAGUCAGGCUUCCUCCCCUGAUGCCAGCUGGAGAUUGAGUGGGGUUGGCAUCACUGCUGUACCGGCCAGACACUGAGACAGUUGACAACUGAGAGCUGUGAUUGGUUAGAAAGGCAAAAGUAACCCUACCAGAUUGGCUCUGGACUCCCCCAGAUUCCCCUGUUGUUACUUCAUAACAUUCUGAAGACCUGUCCACCAAUCACAGGACUCCUUACUGGAAAAACUAACUGCUGGUGAGUGCCAAGAGUCCCUAGCAACGCCCUGCAGCUUUUGAAAUCUGAGGGGAAAAGACUGUAGUCAGCCCCUAGUGGAUGAGAGCACCUAUGCCCCAGAAAGAGCAGGCUCCCAGGAUGGACACCUCGCCCCCUGAAGAACGCUUAGAGAAGCAAAAUGAAAAACUGAACAACCAGGAAGAGGAGAUGGAGUUUAAGGAACUGGACGAUCUGAGGGAAGCCUUGGCUAACCUCCGGGGACUGUCAGAGGAGGAGAGGAGCGAGAAGGCUAUGCUUCGCUCCCGCAUUGAAGAUCAGUCCCAGCUCAUCUGCAUCCUGAAGCGGAGGUCAGAUGAGGCCCUGGAGCGCUGCCAGAUCCUAGAGCUGCUCAAUGCAGAGCUGGAGGAGAAGAUGAUGCAGGAGGCUGAGAAGCUCAAGGCCCAGGGUGAGUACACUCGGAAGCUAGAGGAACGCUUUAUGACCCUAGCAGCCAACCACGAGUUGAUGAUCCGCUUCAAGGAUGAGUACAAGAGUGAGAACAUCAAACUGAGGGAGGCGAAUGAGAAACUGAAGCUGGAGAAUAGCAACCUCUUCAGCCAGGCUCUGAAAGAUGAGGAGGCAAAAGUAUUACAGCUCACAGUCCGGUGUGAGGCCCUCACUGGGGAGCUAGAGACGCUGAAGGAGAGGUGUGCUCAGGAUGCUUGCCAGGCACAGGCGCGCGAGAAGGAGCUGCUGGAGCUACAGAGCCAGCAGGCCUGCACCUACACCAAGGAGAGAGAACAGCUGCGCAGCCAGCUGCAGACUCUGAAGCAGCAGCACCAGCAGGCUGUGGAGCAGAUGGCUAAGGCAGAGGAGACACACAGCAGCCUGAGCCAGGAGCUGCAAGCCAGGCUGCAGACCGUCACUAGAGAGAAAGAGGAGUUGCUGCAGCUGUCAAUGGAAAGGGGCAAAGUGCUUCAGAACAAACAGGCAGAGAUCCGCCAGCUUGGGGAAAAGUUGGAGAUAGCAAAUGAGGGCAGGAAGCAUGCGCUGGAGCGGUUUAAGCAAGAGGCAGUAGCUGUGGACAGCAACUUGAGAGUCAGGGAGCUUCAGUGCAAAGUAGAUGGGAUCCAGAAGGCCUACGAUGAACUCAGGCUGCAGUCUGAAGCCUUCAAAAAGCACAGCCUGGAUCUUUUAAGCAAGGAGAGAGAACUCAAUGGCAAACUCCGCCAUCUCUUUCCAUGAGCAAGUUUCUGCUUCCUCUGGCCUGCAAUUCAGAAUUCAAAUAUUUGUGUCUUAGCAUUAUGGCAAGAGUAAAGAUGAUAUCCCAUUUAUUAUACUUUUAAGCACAAAAGGCAACUCAAAGAAAAGCUACUUUACUAUGAUAUUGUUGUGAUUAUUGUAAAGCCAUUAUUAAUUUUCAUUUCUACCACCUAGAAUACACAAGAUUUGCCAGA